CGCUUUUCAACAACAACGCACAUAAUGCCUACUGUGAAUUUGAGUCGGCCUAAAAUCCCGGUCAUUAUCGACACUGAUCCCGGUGUUGAUGAUACCGUGGCAAUACUUAUGGCUCUGACAUCCCCCGAACUCGAGAUCUUGGGUUACACUAUCUCUUUUGGCAAUACGGACAUGGAUGCAUCAUAUUCAAACAUGUACAGAAUCUAUCAGGCUGUCCAGAAAGAGCUGGAGCAGAACCCCGAAGCACGCUCUCGCUUCCCUGGGUUCUUCCAAAUGCGUAAGCCUUUUCUUGCUAGAGGCGCCCAGGGGCCACUUGGUGGCGAGCUUCACACGGCUCAAUACUUCCACGGUCGAGAUGGUUUGGGAAAUGCCACGCAAACUCACCCUGAUAUAAACGUCCCAUUAUCCGUGAUCGAGUCUCAGACGCACCCACAAUUAGAGCCUACGAAUCGACCAGGGUUUCUGGUCGGUCUUGACAUGCUGCGCGAAUUUCCAGCAAGGGAGAUCACGUAUAUCGUUCUUGGGCCAAUGACGAACCUUGCUCUUAUGAUGCGCGAGGACGCGCAAUGCGUGCGCGACAAUAUAGGACGGGUGGUGGUAAUGGGUGGCGCUUUAGAUGUGCCCGGGAAUACGAGCCCCGUCGCAGAAUUCAACUUCUUUGCGGAUCCAUAUGCAGUUACAGAGCUGCUCGAGCAACGUCCCUCUGGCGAACUACCACCGCCACAUCAAGGCCUUCCACUUUCUCGAGUACUCAUCCUGCCUCUCGAUAUAACCACUCCUCAUGAGCUAUCCUUCCCACUUUAUGCCCAACGGAUCGACACCGGUUUCCGACCCGACCAACCUUCGAUCGCGGCUGGCAAGUCUCCGAUAAUACAUUUCUCUAGCGCUUUCCUUCAGCGUACGAGGGAGGUAAUGCUCGAGUUUGGUAAUGAUGCGAUGGAGUUGCAUGAUGUGGUGGCAGUGUGGGCUGCUGCGAAGAAUCCACCGGUGAAAGAUGACGCUGAGGAGGUCGAUCUCGGAUUAAUGGAAGGAUGGAACGCCACACGGAGGAAGUUCGCCAUGGAACGUACGGGAGAGCUGGCGCGUGGGAUGUGCAUCGUCGACAGAAGAUUUGACGAACGCGCCUAUGCUCCUGGUGCGAAUCGUGCAGAAGUCCAAGAAGCUCUGGAUCGCGAACAUAUCAAGCAUGGUCCAUUCGAGUCGACUGCCGUUCCCGCCCAAGUUGAGGUAGAAAAUCAAGCACAGAUGGAGUCGCUCAUGAAGGGAAGUGAAGGCGUUCCUGUCGUGACACGUACGCCGGGGUCGGAUGCCCUCGUUCAGAUUUUGUUCGAGAGAAUAUGGGGAGUGAAGGAUUGAUGUGGUGGGAGAGCUACGCUCUCAGAGAAGGAUAGGCAAUCGUAUAAUCUUUUUUUUAAAUGAUUACUGUCUUUUUCGACCAUCGCGACCAGCUGCUUGGUUCGAUUUGCUACGGUGAUGAUCAGUUCGGCGCCGGAGCCGAGCAUCACCGUGACGCUCGAAGCAUCAGAUCGAGGUCAAAAUAGCCCUCUCUUUCCCCACCGCAGGUAUAAAGAGCUUCGCUAAAUGAGGAGCAGCUCUAGCCCUCUUCCUCACACUUCCCCUCCUUCGCUAUGUAUAAGCG